AUGGCUCCCGCUCGCCGCCACAUCGGGGCUAGUCGCCGCAAGAGAAGGGACGAUGAUGGCGAAGAUGAGGGCUCGCUGGCUGGGGACUUGGACGAUGACUCCUUAAGUGAAGGCUCGGUGGGCAGCCGCCCUGGUGAUGAGGACGCGGACGGCGAGGGCAGCGAGGCAAGCGAUGAUGAUAGGCCUCCCAAGCUCAACGGUAGUCGGGUAAAUGGCCGAGGGUUGAAUCCACCAGCCCGAUCCAGCUCGUCGACGGGAAAGCCAGAGCUCAAGGCAACGGUUUCAGAUACGGAGGCAAUGUUGAAUGGGCUCAAAGUCUCUGAUCAAAGUGGCGAGGUGGCCGAGCUCCGGUUCGACCGGUCGAAGGAAGAAUCCCAGACCGGCAGAACACCCUCUGCUCCCCCAACCGAACCCCGACGGGAGACUUUUGCUGCAAGGAAGCGCCGAGAGCAUGACAAGUACGUCAAGGAACGGGACCAGAAUCCGGCGUUCGUCCCCACGCGAGGCAGUUUCUUCCUGCAUGACAAACGGACGGCGGAUGCUGGUUUCCGGUCCAUGAACAAACCCAAGUCUCGACCGGUGGGCCUGAUUGUGGAUGGAAAUACUCGGAAGAAUUCGAGAUCCGAAGCUAGUGAAGGGCAGUGGGCUCAUGACCUCCACGAUACGGUGGCCGGAGUUGAACGCCCUGCACUCAAAAAUCCACCAGCAUCUUCCGCCGCGGUGAACCCUUCUAUGUCUGUUCCUACCGCGCCGAAAUCAGAUCCCCCGAAUCGGUCAUUUUCUAGCACGACCCUCGUGGGGAAUGUUCCUGUCGUCAUCUUCUUACCGGGCAUGACCCAACCCAUCCCGUUCCCCGCAGUGCCUAAAAAGCAACACACCCGUUUGCCUCAACAUCGACCUCCCCUGCGGCGAGACAAACCGGUGCGGAUUUCUCUUCCUGGUCAAGUUCCCCGGUACAUAUUCCCGUCCGUCGAGCGUUCAUUCAUCUUUAUCCCCCGGGCGCUGCGGCCAAAUCAGCAGGGCUACCGUGGCCGAGGUCGUGGUGGGUUCUACGGCGGCGGACGACGCCCAAGUUACUACGCCAACACCGUGUACACACCGAGCGUCCUGAGCCGCCGGUCCUCCCUUGGCAUGGCCCCAUCGCAGGACGGCUACCCCUCGCCGGCCGGCUCAGCCUACUCCCGACCAGCAAUGAUCCCCCCCCGAGGCUGGAAAGCCUGUGGUCCGCCUGCCACCGCCACCACGGCCACCACUUGGAAUGCCGCCGGGACCAUCUGCCGACCUGCUCCAAUCCCCAUGCAUCAACCUCGUCCACAGAAGGCUGUUUCUGUGGCAGACAUCGAGACCCCCGCGAGCUUCGGGUUUCAGCCACCACGUCCUCAGCUGGAGCAGCCAUUCCACCAUCAAGUUCCUGUUCCAGCCCGUGGUCCGGGCCCUGAUGUCCCUCGUGGUCCACCGAGUCAGGUUUCCGUGACCCCCUUGUCGCAGAUUCCCGAACGCGCGAUCCAUGCUCAACCGUUCCAGCCCUAUACUUACCAGCAAGGCUUCUAUCCCCCGGCAUAUGGCCCUGGUGCAGCCUUCUAUCCGCCCUCGGGAUCUGAGUAUAAUCCGGCAUAUAAUGGCCCUGUCGGCCCUGGAGCAUCCGUUCCGUCCUUCCCUCCUGGCCAGCCUCCGAUGCCCUAUGCGGUUCCUCCUUCCUCUGGCGAGCAGCCAUCGCAGCCGGGAACCGUUGCUCAUGAAUCUGGCGGCACAGUCUACUUUUACGACGCCAACCAGAUGUACUCGAGCCCGCAGUAUGGGGCACCGAGCUCCGGGCCUGGAGGUGUGGUGGGAAUGGGCGGCAUGAUGACACCACCUGGUACGACGUACUACUAUCCUCAACCACCCGGUGGCGGAGGUGUGUACUAUGGUCCGCAGUAA